GCGGCCGAGCCCGCCAGGGGGACCCAGCGAUGGAGACCGCCCGGGACUACGCCGGAGCCCUCUUCAGGCCCCUGACAUUUAUGGGAUCACAGACCAAAAGAGUCCUACUAACUCCCCUCAAGCACUCGGCUCGCCCCUUCCGGGUCUCCAACCAUGACAGAAGCAGCCGUCGAGGGGUGAUGGCUGACAGUCUGAAGGAGCUUCUCAGCAAGACCCUGGAGGCCUUAGUUAUCACCAGCAGACUGGUCACUCUGGUGUUGGAGGAAGAUGGCACUGUGGUGGAUACGGAAGAUUUCUUUCAGACCUUAGGAGACAACACACAUUUCAUGAUCUUGGAAGAAGGGCAGAAGUGGACACCGGGUGCCAACUACAUCCCAGCUCGCCAGCAACCAAAGAAGGCAGGAAUAGCAAGAGUCACCUUCGACUUGUACAAGCUGACCCCCAAGGAUGUCAUUGGCUGCCUCAACGUGAAGGCCACCAUGUAUGAGAUGUACUCGGUGUCCUACGACAUCCGCUGUACUGGAGUCAAAGCCCUGCUGAGGAGCCUGCUGCGGCUGCUGUCCCACGCCGCCCAGGUGACUGGACAGUUGCUCAUCUACACCAGCUCGUACAUGCUCCGAGUGCUUGGUGACACGGAAGAGUAGGCUCCUCCCAAGUCCUGCUCCAGACGGGGGUUCACAUGCAGAUAGGCAAGCUGCAGGGGACCCCGCAGGCUCCUGACCCAAACGUUCCCUCUCAAAUGAUGAUUUUGAAGAUAUUGCUGUCCUGAACCACAUACACUCAUACACUGCGGGUCACUUGUGCUCAGGAGGGUCACCCAAGGGAAAGAAAAGGAGUCAAUGCACAUGAAAGGGGGGGCUGCACAGCGGGAUGCCCUGAAGGGGCCUCUGUGGGGGGAGGACUGAACAGCAGGUUCCUUUGGUGGGUCCUGAGCAACACAAACUCGCAUGAGGCCAUACAGCUCCUCACCUCCUGCAGUAAACUGACCAUGAGAGCUAUUUUUCACACGGGUAAUGCUUCCUUGUGUCUCUUUCAUGUUCCAAACAAACUUCUAUAUAUAAGCAAAACUCAGGGGUGCUCUGCUGAUGGAUAUAAUCACUUUUAAGUCUCUGUUAAACUAAUGAGCUGUCAAAUGUUA